AUGAAAAGACAUGGCCUGCCCAUCCGCCGACGAAAAUCUGUUGGUGCCAGUACCGCUAGGAAAGACGUUGUUGCUCGAGAAAUGAAUAAACUACCCCUACCUUUCGGAAUGAGUAAUACCAAUAUUUUACUCACGAAACCGUACCAAAAUUAUUCUGAACCUGACGUUGAUUCAUUUUCAAUGCCAUCCACUGUCGUCAAACUUGAGCCAACCUCUGAUUCUGAAGAUGGAGAUAUCAGCAACAAAUGUGCACAAAAUAAAUCACAAAAUGUGAAAUUAUCAGGCGCUUCUUGUUCCAAUGAAUAUUUUAACAGUUACGUUGACAUUUCUGUGCAUGAGUUGAUGUUGAAAGACAAACCUCGAACAUUAUCAUACAUGCAGUUUAUUGACCAGAAUAAGCACUUAUUCAAUGGGAAGGUUGUGCUUGAUGUGGGAGCAGGAACAGGCAUCCUCUCAUGUUUUGCUGCUAGGGCUGGGGCAAAAAUGGUCUAUGCUGUAGAAGCCAGUAAUAUGGCCAGCAUUUGUGAAAGUAUUGUCUAUCAAAAUGACCUCCAAGAUCAGAUAACCGUCAUUCAACAGCCUGUUGAAGAUGUUAUUUUGAACUGCCGAUAUGUGGAUAUUAUCCUCUCUGAGUGGAUGGGCUUUUAUCUCUUACAUGAAUCAAUGUUAGAUUCUGUUCUUUAUGCCCGUGAUAAAUGGCUGUCCCCUAACGGCGGCAUCAUGCUGCCUUCUUAUGCCUGCCUGUGCAUGGCUCCAGUUGCAAUGAAAAAAUACCAUAGUGAACAUUUUGCUUUCUGGAAAAAUGUUUAUGGUUUUGACUUUUCACCUGCUAUUCCAUUAGCUAUGGAAAAAUUCUUCAAACAGCCAAUAAUUGAAGUUGUCAAGGAGGAUCAACUCAUGUCCUCUCCCCAAAAAAUCCUUGACAUUGAUCUUAAAACUGUGACUUUGUCCGAAGUCCAGUUUCUCAGCAAAGAACUUCAUUUCAAAAUGGAAAAGUCAGGCAGUUUGCAUGGCUUUGUAUCAUGGUUUGAUGUUGUGUUUCUUGAUCCUAAUGGUAAGGUUCCUGAGAGCAAAUUGGUGCUGUCAACUUCCCCAAAUUCAGAGCUGACCCAUUGGAAGCAAACUGUGUUCUUUUUACCAACACCUCUGCUCGUUGAUGCUAAUGAUUCUAUUCCUUGCAACUUGACCUUGUUCCAGGAUACUGCUAAUAAGCGGCACUACAACAUUUGCAUUGAAGUACCAGUGGACAUUGUCCAGGAGGAUAGUCAGACAGAUGAAAAUCUGAAUAUCACAGCUGAUGACAUUGAAAAUCCUGAGCAGCACAGCAUUCCAUGCAACUGUAAUGCCCCCAGGUGCAAAAUUAUCAAGGUCAUAAUGGAAAAAUACACAGAUGAACAAGCAGAGCUUCAGAACAAUGAUGAAGUAACUGUAACAUCAGAAGAAAUUGGAGAAGACAGUGAAUUGGAUGCAUCAGAUUCAACCAAUUAA